UGAUUUUAGACUGAAAUUUGACAUCUUUAGAAUUGAAUUAAUUUAAGUUCUGUCAAAUUUAAAUCAGUGCACCAUUUACCCUUUAUUUGGCUUAUGAAUGUUUAAUACAGGAGUCUGUAUUAGGCUGUACUGUAGGGUUAUAUGCUGUACUUUCAAAAUGUGUAUAUUAUAGUCUUUCUUAUUUGUCCUUGUAGCUGCUUAUUUUUUUUUAAUUUUUGUUUUUUUGUAUGCUGUUUAAAAUAGCACCGUGGGGUACUCGCCUGGACCCUGGUACUUUCCUGCGUGUCUUCAUUUGUUUCUGUGACAUUUCCUUUUCCCCUCAGUCCAUGGCUGUGCAUUAGUGUAUGGAAUAAUUGUUACUUGUUAAAUCUGAACUUGUUAAGGAGGGCAAUAAAACAAUUUGAAAAUAUUGUCUGGUAUUUAGACUCCAUGGACUAACAGAAUCAGUGCCAGAAACUGUUUUCAUACCUGAAAAAGGUUGCAUGCAUGUUUAUUAAUAUGCCACACUUUUACUUAUCUUAGAAUAUGGGCUAUAAUUUUAGAAAAAAUUUCAAAACUGAAUCAUCAACAUUGUGUUUUGCUUUUCCACUCAACAUUUUGAGAAAUGAUUAGGCAUAAUUAGUAUAAUGAGGCAUUUUGUCUUUUGGUUUUUAUUUAUGUUUGAUUUUUAAAUAAAAUUGUUCUUUUGAUCAUUUAGGAAAUCAUGGGAAGUUUUGAAGGCCAUGCACUACCUGGAAGUUUCUUUCUGAUCACUGGUCUAUGGUGGGCCGCAAAACACUCAUUUUUGUACGCUACCCGAAGGAACAAAAGCGCUGGUGCAGGGAGACUUGCAACUCGAGCUACUCAGCGGCGCAUAGAAAUCAUAGAAGGAGCAGUGAUUUUAUCAUUUUCUAUUAUUGGAAUGUUAGCAGAGCAGCUAUUAGCUGGUGGGCCGAAGUUCCAACUGUAUGAUUCUUCCACUCAACACUGGGAGCAGCUAAUGAACUGGCAGCACACCACUAUGUACCUGUUCUUUGCCAUCGCAGGGGCCAUGUCACUCACUGUCCACAGCACAGACAUUGCCCCACUAGCAUUAGACCGAAUGCUGCUGGGUCUUGCUUUCUUUAAUGAGGGAUUCCUGUUCCUUUACCAUCUCCAUGGUAGAGACAUGCUUGAUGUCCAUGUUCACACCCUUCUCCUCUAUGCCAUCUUUGGACAAGCUCUUAUCUGCCUUCUAGAGGUUUUCCACAGGGGCAAUAUUCUAUUAGAACUGCUUAGAGCCACUCUCACUAUACUGCAGGGCAGCUGGUUCUGGCAGGUUGGCUUUGUGUUAUACCCACCCAGUCAAGUGAAAUGGGAUCUGACAGACCACGAUAAUGUUAUGUUCAUCACAAUGUGCUUCUGCUGGCAUCUAGCAUUUGCCUUGCUCACUGUUGCUGUAGUGUACUGGUCUGUUCUCUGUGCUGUGCGUUCCAAACUGAGGAGAACGCCACCUAUGGAAAUGGGGCUCUUGAAACCAAGGGAGAAAGAAGUCGAUUCCGAAGAUGAGAUUCUAUGAGCAUUUAUUACUCUAACUCUUGUUAAACCCUGAAUCCAUAUGCAUUUGGACCUUCUGAACCCCUUAGAAAAAUGUAGAGACAGUAUUUGAGAGAUAGAGACAGAGAGGCAUUGUCACUGAAUAUUAGCCCUGUCUUAAUUUCCUGAAGAGCAGCUGGGAGAUGAUAAACAGUGACAGUCAAACUACAAGUUACACUGUGUGAAUCAAUGGAGCCUUAUAUCACCAGCUCAUCUUCCCAAUAUGAUAUGAAUAUGAAUAGUUACAAGUUCUCUGUCAAUGUAGUAUGCUAUCUUAUGUGGUCACUCCUUUUUUAUUUCGUUAUAACACUUUCACCCCCUGUCCCCGUUCUGCAUUCUCAGGAUCAACCUACACUCUCUGAAAAAUGGCUUAAAACUUGAUUAUUUUCCAAAUAAGUUUGAAUUAAGACAUUUGAAAAAAGAUGUAUUGAUUAUUUUUGGGUCUUUAUGUUUACUUUUCACUGUCAAUUUGAGAAUUAUUUGUGCCUUGUCAGUAUAUUAUUUGUUUUUACUCAAGGACAGAAGUUAUCUUUUUUUUUUUAUCAUAUUAUUUUUGAGAACUAUAUGAUCUGCAUAUUUAAAAAAAAAAAAAAAAAAAAAAAAAACUCUUUCUCAGUCUUCAAAUGAAAGAUAUGGUGGGUACUGACAUUUUCUUGACAAUUUUGAAAUCCUUGACAAUUUCUCAGCUAGUCUGCUGUGUUCAUCUGUGCAAUAUCAUUCUUUUGAUUUGACUGAAAAGAAGAGAAAUAAAUAUCAGGAUUGGCCUUGGAAUCUUAAAAUGAUCGUAUCUUAUGACAUCUAUUUAUUGAUUUGAUUUAAUUUGAUUUGGUGUUAAACAUUGUUAAAGAACUUUCUAUUUGUAUUUUGUUUUCUAUUAAAACGAUUUAAUU